AUGCGUUUCACUGCUCUUUCCUUUGGUUUAACCGCUUCUACCAUGUUGCUGUUUACUUCUACUACUAUGGCAUCGCCUAUUCAUGGAGUUGAAGACCUGUCAUUACCUGAUGGAAGCUCUGGUGUUACUGGAGGUGCUGUAGAGGGUGUCGUCGGUAGUGAUUCAAUUGUGAACGAUGGAAUCUCUAAAAUUACUCAAGUCACAGAUGGUGGUAUUGGAGAUACACUUGGUGGCCUUGGCGAUCAUACGCUCGUCUCAGGCGCAUUGGACCACUCCCCCAUCGAUGCAGGAAGAGAAAUUGCAAGUCAUAUCGUUAGCGAUUCACCUUUAAAGCGUAGAGGUUUAAUCAAGAUGCUUCAACGUCGUGUUAAUACUCAAAUUACAACAGAGAGUAUCAUGACCCCUGCUGCUGGUGCUGUAAAGGCGGCUGAUGCUGCUGCCAAAAAGGCUACUGAAGCUGUCGGUGUGGCUCCUGGUGGUGAAGAUGAAGAAGAAGAAGACGAGGAAGAGCCCGAUGAGGAAGAAGCUGAUGAACCAGGCCUUAAGCGUCGUUCGGAUGAAGAGGAUGAAGAUGAAGAAGAUGAAGAUGAAGGUGGUAGUGGUAAAUCAAAGAAAGUUGCUAAACGUGCAACUGCUGCUGAUAAAACUUCUUCUAAUGUGGGUCAUGAUGAAGAAGAAGAAGAUGAAGAGGAAGCUGAUGAAGAAGAAGCUGAUGAAGAAGAAGUUGAUGAAGAAGAAGCCGACGAACCUGGUGAUGCUGCUCCUGCUAAGCACCCUUAA